AUGAAUCGGUUGAUAUGCCCUCUUUUUGUUGUGUACACACUUGUUAAAUCGUUUUUUAUUUUAAGUGUUGACAAUAGAAUUAUAAAGAAUGAAACGAUAAUAAAGGGAGCGGACAUAAGAGUACUUGAAAAAAGAAUCUAUUUUAAUAAAGAUGUAGUACUAAAGGGGGUGAACAAAAGAAGGGAAAAUUGCGCAUUUGUAAAAAAUGUUCUAACCCAAAAAAAAAAGGGAGAAAGACAGAAUUAUUUCAAAUAUGAUGUAACAAAUUAUAUAAAGGAAAUAAAAAGAAAUUAUUAUAAUAAUACAACUGUUAGUGUUAGAAAGAAUUACAAUGUUCUGAAGGAAUCAAGUUUUGAUAGCCACUGUUUUACAUAUCCAGGAUUUGAUUUCACUAUCUUGAAGGAAAACAAAAGGGAUCAUCAUCAUAACGAUAAUAUUAAUAAUAGUGAUAAUAUUAAUGAUUAUUAUUAUUAUAAUAAUAACAGAAGCAGAGUUGGAGUAAUAAAGACGCCAAGAGGUAAUAUAGAAACCCCAAAUUUUCUGUUCUGCGCUACCAAGGCUUGUAUGAAAUCAACACCAAUAAAUUUUAUAAAAAAUUGCAAAACGCAAGUUAUACUGUCAAAUACAUUUCAUUUAUUAGUUCAUCCAAAGCCACAUGUAAUUUUUAGGUUAGGAGGCUUACAUAAAUUUAUGAAUUGGCAAGGUCCAAUUCUUACUGAUUCGGGGGGUUAUCAACUGUUUAGUAUGACUUUCGGAUCAGUGUCUGAUGAGAUUAAGAGGAAAUCUGGACACGGUUUUGAUUUAAAAGAGAGAGGUGUAGAAAGAAAGGGAAAGAUAAAUGAUGAAUUUGGGAAGACCGUAGAGGUAAAGAAAGCAGUAGGGGUAGUAAGGGCAGAAAGGGUGUUGCAAAAAGAACGGAUGACAGAAAUAGAAAAUGCAGGAAGGUGGAACAGAAAUGAUUACACUGUAAAAUGUACAAGGGAAAAAGAAGCUACUAGAAGCAAUAAUAGAGUAUGUCAAAAGAAUGAAAUUAUUUUAAAAAUUAACGAAAGAGGAGCAUUGUAUAAAUCAUACUACGAUGGUUCGGUUGAAUUGUUAUCUCCGGAAACGUCUAUUCAGUCGCAGUAUAUGUUAGGUAGCGAUUUAGUAGUAGUAUUAGAUGAAUGUACACCCUACCAUGUGAAUAGAGAAUACACGGAGCGAUCAAUGCAUAGGUCACAUAGAUGGUAUAUCAGAUGUUUAAUGGAAUUUUACAGGGCUAAUAAUAUGAUAAAUUACCAUAACUAUUUAAAUGAUAUAUAUAAUGAAAAAUAUAAAACAAAUGAAAAAUGGAAUGUAAGAGUAAAGAAUAAGCAAGCUUUAUAUGGAAUAAUACAAGGAGGGAUAUAUACAGAAUUACGAAAGAAGAGUUGUGAUUUUGUUUGUAGUUUACCUUUUUUUGGGUUAUGUAUAGGAGGAUGUUUAGGUAAUAAUAAAGAAAUGAUGUAUAGUGUUAUUAAUAAAACUAUGAAUUUUAUAAAUGUAAAGAAACCAAUUCAUUUAUUAGGAAUAGGACAAAUAAAAGAUAUAUUUUUUGGAGUAAAACAAGGAAUAGAUACGUUUGAUUGUGUAAUCCCAUCGAGAUUAGCUAGACAUGGUUACUUCUUGUGCAAAGUAAAAAAUAUUAAAGAAAUUGAAAAAAAACUUAGCAGAAUAAUUAAAAACGAAUAUAUAAAAAUCAAGUUAAGUAUAUUUAAGCUGGACUCUAGUCCAUUGGAAAGUGAUUGUCAAUGUUAUACUUGCUUAAACUAUUCAAGAGCAUAUUUAUAUCAUCUCUUUAAAAUUCAGGACAAUUUAUUAGGUACACUAUUAACAAUACAUAACGUGUAUUACAUGAACCAGUUAAUGUAUGAAAUUAGAGCGGCCUUAUGGGAGGAUAACCUGGAUGAGAUUGAGAAGCGGUGGGUGCGAUAG